CUUGAUCGCAAAGACAGUGAAGAGGAGCUGAAGCUCAUAGACACAAAAUCAAUCUACCAUCACUAUAUCUUCAAGAAAAGAAUCAAGAAUCUUCAAAUCCAACAAGGAAGAGGAGCAAUUCAAGAAGCAUAGGUUGAAGAAUUACAGUUUGUAUGUCGUCCCAGAUUGUUACAGAGAGGAAGAGGAAAUUAAGAAGCAGGCGCAAUAGAUAUGAGUCUAUAGCAGAGAAACUCGCAGAGUGGAGAGAGUUGAAUAAGGGCCUCGAUGGAGGAAGUCGGGGCCGUAAAGUCCCUGCCAAAGGCUCUAAGAAAGGGUGUAUGAGAGGGAAAGGAGGGCCAGAUAAUUCCCGUUGCAAUUACAGGGGUGUGAGACAGAGGACUUGGGGAAAGUGGGUUGCGGAGAUCCGUGAACCUAAUAGAGGCAGCCGGCUUUGGCUGGGUACCUUCCCCACUGCAAUUGAAGCUGCUCGGGCUUAUGACGAGGCUGCUAAGGCCAUGUAUGGUUCCGGUGCACGCCUCAACCUUCUUGAAACAUGUGGAUCAAAUGAUUUCCUUGAAAGGUGUUCUACUACUAGUCCUACUACAAUGACAUCUGAAUCCACCACGACAAUGUCCAAUCAAUCUGAUGAUGUCUGUGGAGCAACAUCUAAUAGGUCGGAGGUUUUCAGAGCUGAGGAAGCAAAGGUGAAGUAUACCUUCACCCCCAAGGUUGAACCUCGAGAAGAAGAAAGAGAAGAGGCAAAAAUGGAUUACAGGCAAUCAGAUGCUGCCGAGCCCCCUGCAACAGUGAGCAUGGUUAAGAAGGAUGCCAGGGUAGAGGCAAAAAUCGAUUACAGGCAAUCAAAUGCUGCCGUGGCCCCUGCAGCCCCUGCAACAGUGAGCAUGGUUAAGAAGGAUGCCAAGGAAGAGGCGAAAAUUGAUUACAGGCAAUCAAAUGCUGCCGAGGCCUCUGCAGCCCCUGCAACAAUGAGCAUUGUUAAGCAGGAAGCCAAAGAAGAGCCCCCAGAUCCCAUGGACUAUAGUGUAUAUGGUACUUAUGGAUCUGGUCAUGAUGACUUGUCAAAUUCCGACCCAUUCUUGUAUGAUUUUACAAUGGAUGAAAUGUUCGAUGUUGAGGAGCUGCUGAAGAAUCUAGAAAAUGUGGAGACCCUUGGAGGUGGCUUUAUGCAGGAUUGUAGGUUUGACAAUCCUGAAAAAGACCAGUUGCAGUGUGUGAGCCCAUCAAAUUUAUCAUAUCAGUUGCAGAACCCAGAUGCAAAGCUUCUUGGGAGCUUGUAUCAUAUGCAGGAGGCACCUGCUGCUGUUGAUUACGGUUAUAAUUUCUUGAAGCCAGAUGAAUUGGAUUCAGCAAGUCAAGGAGUUGAUUAUAGUUAUGGGUUGGAUGAUGAUCAAGGAAUGUUUGGAUUCUCUGAGAAAGGAUUCUGAGAGUAGCUUGAAGUUCACCUGAUCCUGGGAGCUGGGAAAAAGAGAAACUAGUGCUUAUGCCUUCUUCCAUCUGAAGAAGGCCCAGAGAGCUCACCUACAAGAUGAACAACAGGGAUGUUGGUGCACUGCUUGCAAAUCCUCUCAAUACAUCGUGAUAUGAUUUUCAAAAAUUUUUUGAUCUUCUUUCGUCUGUUGGAAGACUUAAUCUGAUAAUGGUUUUGAGUAAAAACCAAUAUCAGUUUAGUUUGAUCCUCUAUGGGUAUUUUUUUUCUUUUGGGCGUUUGGGGGA